AUGCAACAUGAAGCAUUCCAGAUGUACCAAGAAGCAAAUGAUCAACGCUUCCAACGGCAGCAAGAAACAAAUGAUCAACGGUUCCAACGAACAGAGGCAUCACUUGCCAGGAAUGAGGCUUCACUAGCUAGAAAUGAGACUUCUUUAAGAAAACUAGAAGUACAAGUGGGGCAAAUCGCUGAAUCUUUGCAAGGCCAUGUGCCAGGUACAUUACCCAGUCAACCUGAAGAAGCUAAGGUUAUGACUGUUUUAAGAAGUGGUAAAAUUACUGAAAAUAAUGGGAAAGAGAAUACCACUUCUCAACCAACUAAAAUAGUUGAAAACUUGCAUGUUGAUAAAGAUGUGAAUAAGGAUGAACCCAAGUUGCAUAAAUCUGUUAAUCCUUAUGUGCCCCCUAAGCCCUAUGUUUCCCCAGUUCCAUUCCCUGGUAGAUUGAAAAAUUCAAAAUUUGAUAAAUCAUUUUUUGAAAUUUAUGAUUUGUUGUCAAAAGUGCAUGCGAAUUUGCCUUUGUUAGACAUGAUUAAAAAUAUGCAUGCAUAUGCUAAGUUUUUGAAAGAACUGAACACCAGGAAGCGUAGGUAUGAACAUAAUGAAAAAGUUUUUAUGUCUAAAACUGUAAGUGCUGUUUUUCAAACUGACUUGCCCCCAAAAUUAGAGGACCCCGGUAGUUUCAUAAUAACUAUUACAGUGGGGAAUUCUAAGCAAGAAACAGCAAUGCUUGAUUUAGGGGAAAGCAUUAACUUGAUGCCAUAUUCUGUUUAUUUACAAUUGGGUCUGGAUAAAUUGAAAUCUACUACAAUGUCUCUCGAACUUGCUGAUCGCUCUAUUAGAUAUUCUAGGGGCAUUAUAGAAGAUGUUUUGGUCCAGGUUGAUAAAUUGAUAAUUCCAGCUGAUUUUGUUGUGUUAGACAUAAAUAAAAAGUGUAAUCAUGAGCAGGAUAUGCCUAUUUUGCUUGGCCGACCCUUCAUGGCCACAGCAAAAACAAUGAUUGAUGUCCAAAGUGGAAAAUUAACAAUGACUGUCCUUGAUGAAACUGUUGAAUUUUCUGUUCUGAAAUCAAUGAAAUUCCCUGAAAUCAAUAAUAAUCAUUGUUUUGCUAUAGAUGUUUUAGAUUCAAUAAUUUCUGCUGAGUUCUUAGAUGAAUAUCGGUUGAAGGUCGAAGAGACUGAGGCUGAUGAAGUCGAACCUCACCAAAUCCCAAAAACAGAUGGAAGUGGUAAAGGAGGUUCAGUUACAGGCUGUUUUGAGCAAACCGAGGAAGUACACCCUCAUUCCAUUGAAGCUGAAGUUCCACCCAAGUUCGAAUAA